UUUUCACAUUUUUUGGAACAAUUUUUCGUUGAUUGGACUACUUUCUAUCAUUAUAUCAGAUAUUUAAAUUCAACUUUUUUAAUCUGUUACAUCUAAAUGACUUUCUCUGUGACAUCGAUUCGUCAAAUGUCAAACAAAUACAAAUAUCACAAAUAUGACAAUUCAAUUCAACUGUCAUUUCUUACCCCACAAUACUGUCGGCCAAGUUUAAAACUUUGUUUUGAUUUGUGUUUUAAGUUGACGCACCAUUAAUGGAAACAAUUUUAAAAACGGUGUUUACGAGCAUUCGAUCCUGAUAAAUUCCAGUGUUCAAAACCCAUAAAUAAUGGGUCGAAAAGUGACGGUGGCGUCAUGCACGCUCAACCAAUGGGCUCUCGAUUUCGAAGGGAACCUCAGUCGGAUCCUGCAGUCCAUCCAGGAGGCCAAGGAGAUGGGUGCGCUUUAUCGGACGGGGCCGGAGCUCGAGAUAUGCGGGUACAGUUGCGAGGAUCAUUUCCACGAGCCAGACACCUACCUGCACAGCUGGCAAGUUCUGGCCGAGCUGCUAAAGUCCCCCACAUGCAAAGACAUGCUCAUUGACGUGGGCAUGCCGGUGCAGCAUAGAAACGUGUCGUACAAUUGCCGCGUGGCGUUCUACAAUAAGAAGAUACUGCUGAUCAGACCAAAGAUGAUGCUGUGCGAAGACGGGAACUAUAGGGAGUCGAGGUGGUUCUCAUGCUGGACUAAAGAGCGGCAAGUUGAAGACUACUAUCUUCCGAGAAUGAUAACAACGAUCACUGACCAAAGUACUGUUCCUAUCGGCGAUGCUGUGAUUGCAACAAAAGACACCUGCAUCGGUUUUGAAAUUUGCGAGGAGCUAUGGAAUCCACAAAGCCGUCACAUCGCCCUCGGCCUGGACGGCGUAGAGAUCAUAGCGAACGGCUCAGGAAGUUACAUGGAACUCCGCAAGGCAUACGUCAUCGUAGAUCUGGUUAAGAGCGCAACCUUCAAAAGCGGAGGCGCAUAUCUGUUCAGCAACCUCCGGGGCUGCGACGGACAGAGGAUCUAUUUCAACGGGUGCUCCUGCGUUGCCUUAAAUGGACAAAUUGUCAGUCGAGGGCUACAGUUUGCUUUGGUGGAUGUUGAAGUAGUGGUAGCAACGAUAGACCUGGAAGAUAUCCGGUCAUACCGAACACAAAUCCGCUCCCGGUCGCACCUGGCCGCUUCUAGCCCGCCGUUUCCGCGGAUCACCGUCGACUUCGCGCUGUCGGAUGACGACGAUGCCUUCCUGACCACAAGUCCCCCUAUCGAUUGGAAGUAUUUGACGCCGGAAGAAGAAAUUGAGCUCGGUCCAGCGUGUUGGUUGUGGGACUACCUGCGCCGCUCGGGACAGGGUGGGUUCUUCCUGCCGCUGAGCGGCGGCGUGGACUCGACCAGCACGGCCUGCAUUGUGUUCUCUAUGUGCACUCAGAUAUGCGACGCUAUACAGAAAGGAGAAAGUCAAGUGUUAUACGAUGUGCGUAAGAUUCUGUGUCAGGCGGACUACACGCCGUCCGACCCUAUGGAGCUGUGCAACAGACUUCUCGUCACUUGUUACAUGGCCACUGAGAACUCCAGCCAGGAAACCAAACAGAGAGCUUCACAGCUAGCAAGCCAAAUAGGCAGCUACCACUUCCCGAUCGCGAUCGACGCGGCCGUGAGCGCCGCGCUCGGGAUCUUCACGGCCGCCACCGGGCUCGUGCCCAAGUUCCGCGCCCAGGGGGGCUGUCCGAGGCAGAAUCUCGCUUUGCAAAACAUACAGGCACGUCUUAGAAUGGUGCUUUCAUACCUUUUCGCCCAACUGAUGCUGUGGGCGCGCGGCCGGCCCGGCGGGCUGCUGGUGCUGGGCGCGGCCAACGUGGACGAGGCGCUGCGCGGCUACGUGACCAAGUACGACUGCUCCAGCGCCGACGUCAACCCCAUCGGCGGCAUUUCCAAGACGGACCUGAAGGCCUUCCUGCUUUACGCUAAGAGUCGGUUCUUCUUGCCUUCGCUGUCGGAGAUCCUGCAAGCGCCGCCCACCGCCGAGCUGGAGCCGCUGACGGACGGGCAGACCACGCAGACGGACGAGCAGGACAUGGGCAUGACGUACGCCGAGCUGUCCGAGUUCGGGCGGCUCCGCAAGGCGCAGCACUGCGGGCCCUACACCAUGUUCCAGAAGCUCGUGCACAAGUGGAGCGCCCAGUGCACGCCGCGCGAGGUCGCAGAGAAGGUGAAACACUUCUUCCGCUGCUACGCCAUCAACCGGCACAAGAUGACGGUGCUGACGCCGGCGUGCCACGCCGAGGCGUACGCGCCGGACGACAACCGCUUCGACCACCGCCCCUUCCUCUACCGCGUGCACUGGAGCUGGCAGUUCAAGGCCAUCGACGACGCGGUUGCACACAUGACGAAGCAAAAGGGGGCAGUGAAAAGCGAUGGCGAUCGGCAAGUUAAAAACGAGCCAGUGAAACCCACCGGCAGCGCUCCCUUCAACAUACGCGGCGAUCGUAAAGGAGUUCUCAUAUAAACAAUUAUAUUAUCACUAUCUUCUUCUUCCUCGCGUUGUCCCGGCAUUUUGCCACGGCUCAUGGGAGCCUGGGGUCCGCUUGACAACUAAUCCCAAGAUUUGGCGUAGGCACUAGUUUUUACGAAAGCGACUGCCAUCUGACCUUCCAACCCAGAGGGGUAAACUAGGCCUUGUUGGGAUUAGUCCGGUUUCCUCACGAUGUUUUCCUUCACCGAAAAGCGACUGGUAAAUAUCAAAUGAUAUUUCGUACGUAAAUUCCGAAAAACUCAUUGGUACGAGCCAGGGUUUGAACCCGCGACCUCCGGAUUGCAAGUCGCACGCUCCUACCGCUAGGCCACCAGCGCUCCCAAUUAUAUUAUCACUAUAGAUAUAAUAAAUAAAUUUCUUUACUUCAGACUUUGGUUGUCCUUAGACUUAUUAGUAUUACACGAACUUACAACUAUGUUAGUAACAAUACAAUAUGUGAAUUAAAAUUAAACUUACAUAUACUUAUUACAUCUGUACUCUAAAUGAAUAUAGCAUGCUCUAACAGAAAUAUGUUUUCAGUAUCACGAUUCGAUGGCCAAACUUUAACCGAAAUGCUUUUUUGGAUUGUCUUUAUGUUAUUAAUACUCUCGUGUCUGCUGUUCUGUUAUGGCGAGAUUAGUAGAGAACAAAAAUAGAAUGAAACAGAAAUUGUUAGAGUAUAAAAAAGGCCGCAUACUUAUUUUUUUACAUGCUCGUAGUACCAAAGAUACAUUGAUUGAGUAAGACGCAUAAAAUCUAACAUUAGUAGCUCCGUCAAAAGUUGACGUUUGACAAUUCAGUAACAUUUUCAACUUAACUAGCGAUAUUAUUUCCAGCUACUUUCACAACACUAAACUCCAUCCUUCACAGACCUGACGAAUUCUUUGAUAUUAUUAAAAUUAAACAUGCAUUACUGAUUAUAUAGUUCUUUAUUAUUUUAUUAUUUACGUAUAUAGCAUACUGUAUACGUAUAUUUAUUAUUUGUAUAUGUUUUGCCUACCUUUGCCUUUUGUAUACCUACGUGAACCUAGGCUACGGCCAUACAAGCAAAAUUACGCUCUAAUUUUAAAAUGACAUGCUUAUAUUACAUGAACAUGCAAAUAACAUCUUGAAUACUAGUUUUCGUACCCGUUGUUGACUAAUUUUAUUAUUUAAUUUCUUACAUCCUUUUGGAUAUGAAAACGUAAAUUGAACUCAAUAAUAAUUUAUUAUAGAAAUUAAAUAAUAAAAUUAGUCAACAACGGGUACGAAAACUAGAUGUUAUUUGCAUGUUCAUGUAAUAUAAGCAUGUCAUUUUAAAAUUAGAGCGUAAUUUUGCUUGUAUGGCCGUAGCCUAGGUUCACGUAGGUAUACAAAAGGCAAAAGUAGGCAAAACAUAUACAAAUAAUAAAUAUACGUAUACAGUAUGCUAUAUACGUAAAUAAUAAAAUAAUAAAGAACUAUAUAACCAGUAAUGCAUGUUUAAUUAAAUAAUCAAGCUAUUUUCGUUGACUGAAUAAAUUUUAUAUUAGGUAUAGGAAAAUUAUUUAUCCAAAAUCCGAUUACUCUCUAAACUUGGGUCACAUAUAUUGUAACUAGCCCUAGCACAGGCCCCGCUCUUUUUGGGCUGUUACUGCACACUACGUCUUUAAACGCUGGUUUCAAUUAAAAUGUAUAAAUAGAUAUAGUGAAAAGUUUGCUGUACAUAUUUAAUGAAUAAUAAUAAUUAAAAAAAAUGUUUUGAAUGUCAAACUAGGGGGCACGUUUUUUUCUUAGACUUCACCUCUCUGUUACAAUCAAUAUCUUUGGUAGUACGUAAGUAAAGUUUAGUUUACCAAUAUUGUUUGGCAAUCCAAGGAAAAAUGUAUACCUCUUAAACACGACACCCGUCGGCCAGAAGUCGGCGCACUCGAUGGCGUGAUCGAAGCUGGAACAACUUCAGUUAGAAUGGUACUUCACCAGCGCCAGGCUUCUUUUCAUCACACUUGCUCGAAAAGGUUCUUAUUUCAUGCAGGUGUACUGAAGGACCAAGGCCUAUUUUGUUCCUGCGGGAGUUAUGGAUUGUGAAAAAAAACUCCCUAGGGAGUUAUAGCGUCUUUUGUGAAAAAAUUGUGUUUAUGUUUAAAAUUAAAUAAUUUGAUUAAUUUAACAGCCGAUUAAAAUAUUUUUACAUAAUUUUCAAUCGUGGCUGAAUGCCGAAUAGAUCUGUGCCCUCGAUGCUAACCUGUAAGAAAUUACAAAAUGGCGGACGAAUGUUUGAUAUGUCACCGUAUUUAAGAAUUAUUUCGUUUAAAAUUUAGUUUUUUCUUCGCAAGUGUGAUGAAAAACAUUGUGUGUAACUCCGGGGGUAAGAAUAUUACAAACUCGGGUCUAUAAUAAUCACCCUCGUAUCCGACAUUUCACUUACCCGCCUCGUUGCACAUUGUACUAUUCAAGAGGGGCUGGUUUUUCGUGGAACAUUAUCAAUAUCUUACUCGUAGUAGGUAGUUUGUACUAGUAUUAGGACUGUAACCUUCAAGAGGAUAAUUUGUGUGCAAUAAGGUCGUGUAUACCUACAUAUUUUUGGCACUUUGUCCAUGUGAAUAUUUAAAACCUUAGUGAUGCUAUAUUUCUUAACUAACAAUAUGUGAUAAAUUUGUUUGCAUAGAGACUUUACGUAAAUCCAUGUUUACACAACUGGGGUGAUACGUUGAACAAUUAAAAUUUGGUAUAUUUUAUCGUCAUAAAAUAUGUGUAAAUGUUUUUGUCAUUGAAUGUAUUGAUUUGAAAUAGGUAGGUACAUUUACCUUGAAUAACUUGAGCAACUUAGCCUUGCUUAUACAAUAAUUUGGAUUUACCAAACUUGACACGAGCGAGAUGGAUUUUAAUUUUUUUUUGUAGGCUGUUUAGAAAACGUGAAUUCAAACAAAUUAAGGGUACACAGAAAGAACACGUCUAGUCUUUCUUCGGAAAUAGUACAUUACGAUACAAGUGCGAAAAAUAGGAAAUUCGAAACGAGUGGCGAUAAAUUAAAACACGACCGAAGGGAGUGUUUUAAAUCGACACGAGUUGCGAAUUACCUAUUCGCACAUGUAUCGUACAACGUUUUACAGUACAUAUGGCCCUUUAAAUGUUCGACACAGUAACGUAAUAUACUACUUCUCGCACUAGUGCUAUAAAGUAGCCCCAUAUGUACUGUAAUAGUACAUUACGAUACAAGUGCGAAAAAUAGGAAAUUCGAAACGAGUGGCGAUAAAUUAAAACACGACCGAAGGGAGUGUUUUAAAUCGACACGAGUUGCGAAUUACCUAUUCGCACAUGUAUCGUACAACGUUUUACAGUACAUAUGGCCGUUUAAAUGUUCGACACAGUAACGUAAUAUGCUACUUUUCGCACUAGUGCUAUAAAGUAGCCCCAUAUGUACUGUAAUAGUACAUUACGAUACAAGUGCGAAAAAUAGGAAAUUCGAAACGAGUGGCGAUAAAUUAAAACACGACCGAAGGGAGUGUUUUAAAUCGACACGAGUUGCGAAUUACCUAUUCGCACAUGUAUCGUACAACGUUUUACAGUACAUAUGGCCCUUUAAAUGUUCGACACAGUAACGUAAUAUCCUACUUCUCGCACUAGUGCUAUAAAGUAGCCCCAUAUGUACUGUAAAAUACAUUUUAAUCUCAAAAUAUUGUGUGAAUGUAAAUACGCACGCAUACGCUCACCCGUACAAUGUUAACUUCUUUACUUCUAAUUGUAAUGUACAGUCGAGUUCAUAAAUAUGUAUACGUUUCUUCACCUUAAUCUUUUGCGAUAAGGUGAAAAAAUGUAUACUUAUUUAUGAACACGACUGUAAGUGAAUUGUAAAAAAAAACUUAUGAGAAAUAAAUUUAUUGAACCCAAAAAGCAGAGCUCUUAAUGAACUAUUACUUUCUGCUAUUUCUGCUAUCUUGGCUCUACCACCACCCAGUCACAAUCUCUAGACAAGGAAAUAGAUACUCGGAUAGGCAGAGCAUCAACUGUUUUUGGGAGGCUUUUCGCGCGCGUAUGGUGAAACCGUAUGCUCACUACGUAUACCAAAGUCCUUGUAUACCAGACCUGCGUCCUAAGUAUAUUGCUGUACGCAUCAGAAACAUGGACUACAUACGCGAAACAAGAACGCAAACUCAACGCUUUCCAUAUGCGCUGCCUGAGGACUAUACUUGGAGUUACUUGGCAUGAUAAAGUUAGUAACGAGGUAGUACUCUCAGGAACACAUUGCUGCAGCUUAACUGCAAUGUUAAAGCAGAGAAGACUUCGCUGGCUCGGUCACGUUCAUCGCAUGGACCCUGAGAGAUUACCACGCCAAGUAAUGCUGGGUCAGAUAGCGGGCGUAAAAAGACCUGUUGGGCGUCCAACUCUACGUUUUAAGGAUUCCUGCAAGCGGGACAUGGACAGUUUUGGCAUUCGGACCGACGGUUGGGAGAAACGCGCCGAAAUGAGACCGGAGUGGCGUCGCGACAUUAAAGUCGGAAUAUCAAAGCACGACGAUGACUGGCUGGAGCACCUUAAGCAGAAAAGUCUUCGUCGUGCUCUACCACCUGCGAACUCAGGAUUUGUAUGCGAUCGAUGUGGAAAGAAAUGUCGCGCUGCUAUAGGACUUUAUAGCCACCAACGGCGAUGCCCAGCCCCAUAAACCCACAAGCGCCGCAACAAGCAUCUACAACAGAUGGUGUGGCCAAUGAUGAUGUACUUAUAUCUUCUGUUAACACUUUUUUUACUUUAACUAAAACUGGUCACGGAAUUAACGUACAUUUUUACAUUGCUCCAAUCUUUAAAAACGCGAUUACUCAAAAUGUUACUAAAGUACCUAGACAUAUUCAUUCUGUGUACCCUUCUUCUUAACCCUUCAAAUAUUGUUAAUGAAUUUGAGGCUAUGUAGACAUGUAAUAAUUGUCAGUGUGUUGACUAUAGUAGUCUUCAUGGCUAUGAUGGUUGCACUGUUAUAGUCAGUCUAUUUUUCGUCAGGUACGCUCUCAAACAUAGAACUGUUUCUAAUUUUGAAUGUCAAAUAUAUACGUUUAAAAUGUGAUAAAAAGGCACAAAACCAAUUAAAACAAACGGCAAUCAAACAAAUAAUAUUUUACUAUUAUUUACGAAAUGUAGAGCGUUGAUUAUUUUCCUAAUAAAUACAAUUUUUAGACCUA